CAGCAGAGACGAUCAGAUGAGCAGAUAAACUCAGAGCUCUGGUCCACGUGCCACGUUUAGGAAGUGAUGGAGAAGGUGGCUCUGAUACUAAGCAGGCGAGGCUACACCAUGGGCAUCAGCCUGGGUCAGGGUUCCUACGCCAAGGUCUGGUCUGCUUAUUCAAAGCAGCUGAAGAUGAACGUCGCUGUCAAGAUCAUCAACCAGCACAACGCGCCAAAGCCCUUCCUGGAGAGGUUCCUGCCCAGAGAGCUGGAUAUCCUGUCUUCACUCAACCACCAGAACGUGGUCCGUACCUUUGAGAUCUUCAGGACGAGUGACAGGGUGUUUAUCGUGAUGGAGCUGGGUGCACAGGGUGACUUGCUGGAUUUAAUCAAGCUGAGAGGAGCCCUGCCCGAGAAAUUUGCCAAAAAGCUCUUCUGCCAGCUCACGCUUGCCAUGGAGUACCUGCAUGACCAGGACAUCGGGCACCGUGAUCUGAAGUGUGAGAACCUCCUACUGGACAAGAACUUUAACCUGAAGGUCUCAGACUUUGACUUCAGUAAAAGGUUGAAGUACCAGUACGGUCGGAUGGUGCUGAGCAUGACUUUCUGUGGCUCGUUGGCCUACGCCGCCCCCGAGGUCCUGCAGGCGAUCCCGUACAACCCCAAAGUGUCUGACGUAUGGAGCAUGGGCGUGGUACUCUACAUCAUGCUGUGGGGCUCCAUGCCCUUCGACGACUCCAACAUCAAGACCAUGGUGAGGGCACAGAACGCGCACCAAAUCGACAUCCCACAGACCACAACGGUUCCCAGCGAGUGCAGGGAUCUGAUCUACAACCUCCUGCACCCCAACACCGUGCUCAGGUUCACGGUCCAGCAGAUACUCCAGCACAGCUGGAUUCAGAGCAGGUCUGAGGCUGCUGAGGGGGGCAGGGGGCAGCACCACACCCCGUCCACCUCCAGGGUCUGCACACAGGAGACCGACGGCGAGGACAGAAAGGAGACGUCAUCAGAUUCUGCUGGAGCUUCAGAACCAGCCGAACCGAACCCGCCCGGUGAUGCCGACGCAGGCGCCGGGGGUCAGGGAGGGCGUGUCUGCUAAAUCCCUGUAGCUACACCAGCUAAAUAAACACAACAUGGCAACUCA